AAAGGGUCGCCGUCGUCGUUAUUGUCCUGCUAACGCACAGCAUACUCAGGGUUAAUGCAAAAUACCAGGCUCAUUUGAGUAGAAAACUGGCAUUCUGACGCGGUUCAUUCUGGUUCAGUUUUAAAUUCAAGGAGUUUUUUAAAGAAAAAUACAAUGCACAAUAAUUUGAUAACCCGCCCAAACAAAAGGCUUUUGCAUUCGAAUUCCGAGUGUAGACGGCUGAUCUGUGUAACACGACAAUGAAUUGAAAGAGUGCCAGAGAUUGACAUCCAAUCCGUGGCGACCGCAGCGUCCAUGGCAACCGGCGGGGACACCAAGUUCAGCGAAGUUUCCAUUUGCAGGCCCACGGUCAGAAAAUACUGGGCUUUGAUUUAGGCUGAACGAUUCCCAGGCGGCGAGAGGCAAGCGAUCAGCAGUCACAACAACAAGAAGGCCGGAGCAGGAGCGAGAACCUUGCGCUUGCUGCAGAGUCACGAAUUUAGUUGCAGCCCAGGAGUGAAUUUCAGCAUAAGAUCUAAUGCCUACAUGAAGACCCACCAAAUCUAUUCUAGAGAGAAAACAAGAACCUCCAUCUGUCAACUCAUUUUUUUUUCUCCAUCUCCCUGAAGAACAUCUGCUUAAAUUUGUUAAGCUGACCUCGCAUGCAGAUGAGACAGCAUUUUGAAUUGAAACUGGAGUGAAAAAAAUUUGAAGCACCUCAGCUGAGGAAGGUCUGCCUGCUGUCCACACAUAUUGACCUUGCAAAAAUAACUGCCCAAUCAGGAAAAUAAAAUACAAACUUGGAAGAUUUGGUCAAAGAAUGGACCCACCAACAGCUUGUGUACCUUGGUGUAGCCCACCUGACAUACAGGGUCGACAAAACAUGCCUAGUAACAUCGAUCUGGAGCAAAAUGUCAUCUUCUCAGAUAUCUGUGCUCUGGAUGAAAUCAAUAUCAACAAGUCAAUAAAAAGAAAUGCAUUUGGGACACGCAUCCAGAUUAAAGAAGUGCCAAUACCACAAAUGUACCAGAAGGCCCUACACAAGGUCCCGGGCAGUCUAGGUGCCAAGGGUAUGAGAACUGUGGUGGUGUCCUCCGCUAGGUCAAAUGCCACCGAUCAAGGUCUUACCAUUCUCGGGAAACAAAAGAAUGGGUUUGCACCAGGCCAGCAAUCUCCUUUCAGCCAGCAGAUGAAUCACUUGCAAGAAAGGCAGAGGAUGAUAGAACAAUCCAAGGCACUCAAAAAAAUCAUGCAGAUAGUGCCGCAUAGAGUGGAUCGACUGUACUACAUCUGUGGAAGCCAUAUGCCAAUCCAGCCCAGGUAUGAAGUGGACAUGACUGCUCUGAAAAGGUUACAGAUGAAAAAGCCCAGUCAGGAGGCUACCACAUCUCAAAAAGGCGACAAAGAGCUGAUGUGUGACGAUAGUGAGGAAAAUGAUCCAGUGAGCAACUUUGAGGCCCAAGUCAUAGAUCUUGAGAGACAAGACAAGAAAUGUUUGGUUUUUAUGACUGAAAAUGUGGAAGAAAGUCAAAAGGAUGCAAAAGGAGAAAUCCAACAAUUCAAUGGAGGAAGUCUCAGGAGUGUUGAGGAAGAUGAGAAUACUGAAGAGCAUCCGUCAUCUCCAGGAGAAGAGUCACCAGGAACUACAAUGAGCCCAGAAUGCUAGAAGCAGGUGUCCUUUCAUUAGAUGGUAAACGUCGCAUCCAAAACAGAGGAAAUUCUCUUGAUUUAUAGUGACAUAUAACCAAUAAACAAAAAUUUCCCCUGUGAGUGUUACAGUACGAAACAAAACAAUAUUUUUGUUUCAUGGCUUGAAGACAUUGCAAAUCUUAAAACAAAAUGAUCAAGUGUUUCCCCCUUGGCUGCAUCCAGUAAUGAUAAGUUAUUGCACAAUACAUGUAUUGCAAGGACAGAUGACACACACAAUAUAAGUGAGAUGUUUCUACUGGGGAACCAAAGUCGAGUUUAUAUUGUGUAAUAACCUUGCUAUUAUAAAACCUCAUUACACAUUUUGUGUUUCAUUUUCAAAACAGAAAGAAUUAUUAUAAUAUUAACUUUGUCCUUUUCAUAGUUAUUUUAAAUGCAACACUUUUGUGCCCAGACUUCACAUUUAUGUUUUAUUUGCUGAAUUUUGAAAGUCAGAGUCACUUGGCAGUUCAUGUUUAUUACUACUUGUUACUAUAAACAAAUGGGAAAAAAGGUCAGAAAUUAAUUUAUCCUUGAAUGAGCCUGAUGCUCAAUGAUUGUAUUACGUGACAGUAAAAAUGAUUUGUCAUUUGACACUAAUUAUUCCAUCAAGUGUAACUUAGAGGUGUGGGCACAAUAGUUAAUUUAAAAUGACAGGAUGAAAAGCUUGACUGCCAUAAAACAUUGAAUGUCACUGGUAUGUUGCAAGUCCUGUAAGCCUAUAUGGCCCAUUGUAGGAAUAUUUCCAGGCUACUUGAUUCAAAUAAUUAAAAUCAUUUUUACCUCCUGCUGUAAUUUUCAUAACAAACUAUUCAAAGAUCUUUUUCAAACAAGAGUAAUUUCAACUGUGAAAUAAAGAUACCAAACAACAUCAUUUACAUUUAAUUUACGAGGCAACCACUCUGAAGGAAAGGGAAAUUAAAUAGCUAGUGUCCCUGGUCAGCUUUCUGCUCCUCCUAACAGCCAUCCCACAGACCCAGUUUUUGCUAACGGCUGAAUAUCUCUGCUGUGGUGCAAAUCUUAUAAGUCAGGAAUCCCAAUUCUCAUCUGGAACCUGCUGUCUCUCAUUUUGGUGGGUGUGUCAUUGGGGAUGGGCCAUAGUUCAUGUGUGUGCAGUUUCCAGAGACAGCAGGCCAUUGAAUUGAUGAGCUGCCUCCACUAAAAGUGAAUUUUGGAGACACUAGAGGGUUUGGAACCUAUAACGUGUUGAGACAGAAAUUCUUCUGCCUCAGCAGGCUGAAAUAGGGAACAAAAACCGGGGCCCAAGAUUGAUAUUGAUAAGGUCUGGAAACUGCUAGCAAGUGGGUUGUGGCAUAGAAGAAUAACUUUAGACGAGAGAAAAAUGUUUUUUUUGCCAUGUGUAAUUUAUCUGUAUAUUGUUACAAUGCUUCAUUGUUCCUGGUGCUUGUAUUGGCUACUUGGUCAUCAAAGUGUGACAUUAGCUUAAUCAAAUUCACAAAAGCAGUAGUGGCUAUAUUAACAGCCAAAUUACACCCCCAUUAAUCUCAAUAGAUUUUUUCCUCUAGCAUCAAUAUACAUUACGGUUAAUGACAUUAACGAUAUAUUCUUUU